UGAGCAUAUAUAUAUGGGCACCUGAGCCCGCAGGCCUCCCUCCGCCUGCCAGCCUUGCCACUGAGCCCUGCUGCCUCUCACAAUGAAGGUGGCUGUCGGCCCAGACCCCUCUCUGAUCUACCGACCUGACAUGGACCCAGAGAUGGCCAAAGACAAGGGCAGCUUCCGGAACUACACUUCAGGUCCCCUUCUGGACAGCGUCUUCAUCACCUACAAGCUCAUGCACACACACCAGACGGUGGACUUUGUCAGGAAGAAGCAUGCACAGUUUGGGGGCUUCUCCUUCAAGAAAAUGACUAUCAUGGAGGCCGUGGACAUGCUAGACGACCUGGUGGAUGAGUCGGACCCAGAUGUGGAUUUUCCCAACUCCUUUCAUGCCUUCCAGACAGCAGAGGGCAUCCGGAAGGCGCACCCUGACAAGGACUGGUUCCACCUUGUUGGGCUCCUGCAUGACCUGGGGAAGGUCCUGGCUCUGUGGGGGGAUCCCCAGUGGGCCGUUGUCGGAGACACCUUCCCCGUUGGCUGCUGUCCUCAGGCCUCCGUGGUGUUCUGUGACUCCACGUUUCAGGAAAAUCCGGACCUCCGAGACCCCCGAUACAGCACAGAAUUCGGCAUGUACCAGCCCCACUGUGGGCUGGAGAAUGUCCUCAUGUCCUGGGGCCACGAUGAGUACAUGUACCAGAUGAUGAGGUUCAACAAGUUCUCCCUGCCUGAGGAGGCCUUCUACAUGAUCCGGUUCCACUCCUUCUACCCGUGGCACACGGGUGGUGAUUACCGACAACUGUGCGGCCAGCGGGACCUGGACAUGCUGCCCUUGGUGCAGGAGUUCAACAAGUUUGACCUCUAUACCAAGUGCCCUGACCUGCCAGACAUGGAGAAGCUGCGGCCCUACUACCAGGCGCUCAUUGACAAAUAUUGUCCAGGGGUCCUGAGCUGGUGAGCUGGCCACGCACCGGUCCCUCACAGGCACAGUGACCCCCAUGCUGGCCUCGCUCUCUCUCACCCACUCUCAGACACACCUCUCAUGGCCAUUUGCACCCCUUCCUUGCAAUAAAGACCUAGACAUGGCA